CUUAGAUGAGGCCACAGAGACUGUUGUCGACUGUAUGAGCCGGUACUCCAUUUACUUCUUCUUCAUCGGUUUGGCAGUCUUGGGCGCUGCAUUUAUACAGACGAUGUGCUGGGAGCUGGCCUGUGAGCGUCAAGUACAUCGCCUCAGGGAGAAGUUCUUCUCUCAGAUUCUUCGACAGAACAUCGCCUGGCACGAGCUCAAUGAGGAAGGAAGUCUCACCACCAAACUUUCCGAUGAUCUGGAGAGAAUACGAGAGGGGAUUGGCAGCAAGCUCGGCAUGGUGACGCAGUACCUGACCACAUUUGUGGUGGGAAUGGUGGUAGGACUGAUCGUCAAUUGGCAGCUGACCCUGUGUCUGCUUCCGUUCUCCCCAAUUCUAAUCGGCUCCACAGCUUUCAUGGCGAAGUUAGCCACAUGGUCUGCGGCCAGAGAGCAGCUCAAGCACGGAGUUGCAGGCAGCAUAGCCAAGGAGGUCCUCAACUCUGUUAGGACAAUAGCAGCUUUUAAUGGAGAACCUCAUGCAAUUUCCAGAUACGAGGCGGCCCUUGAAGAGAGUAGAAAGGUGGCGAUGGCCACCUACUAUAAGAUUGCCAUGUGCCUUACUAUCGUCAACUUCUGUAAAUACGCCCAGUAUGGUGUAGCGCUCUUCGUCAGCUCUCUGUUCAUACGAGCAGGCUACUGCACACCCGGCAGCGUGUUCAUGGUGUUUCUAAGUGUACUGUCGGGGGCGUUCACGCUGGGGGAUGCGUUCCCAUAUUACACAGCGGUGGGUACGGCACUGGGCGCUGCCUCUACGAUAUUCAGCGUCAUAGAACGAGCCCCUGAGAUCGACUCGGCUAGCAGACACGGACUCAAGCCUCACAACGUGGAGGGGAGAAUUGUGUUCCAUGACGUCAGCUUCAGUUACCCCUCACGAGCCAACAAGCCGAUACUGAAGCACUUCAAUCUAGAGAUACCCCCGGGGAAGACUGUGGCACUGGUAGGUUCCAGUGGAACAGGCAAGAGCACCGUGAUCGACCUGUUCUUGCGACUGUACGACUGCACUGGGGGAGUGAUAAAGCUUGACGGCAACCCCAUCAAGAACCUGAACCUGUCUUGGCUGCGUACUCAGAUCGGAGUGGUUCUCCAGGAGCCUAUUCUCUUCAGCGUUUCAAUCGCAGAAAACAUCCGCUACGGGCGGGAGAACGUAUCGCAGCAGGACAUCGAGCGUGCCGCUACCAUGGCUAGUGCCAGCGGCUUUAUCACUAAACUUCCUGAGAAGUACGACACUCUAGUGGGGGACCGUGGUGCACAGCUCUCGGUCGGUCAAAAGCAGCGGAUAGCCAUUGCUCGCGCCCUUGUGCGCAACCCCAAGAUCUUGCUGCUGGACGAGGCCACCUCCGCGCUCGACUCGCAGACAGAGAGCGUCGUCCAAGAGGCUUUGGAGAAGGCGAUGGAAGGAAGAACCACAAUCGUCAUCGCCCACAGGCUGUCCACCAUCAAGAACGCUGACGUCAUUUACGUCAUGAAGGACGGUACAGUUCUCGAGAGCGGAAGCCAUGCAGAUCUGAUGACUCAGCAGGCUUGCUACUUCAAGAUGGUCAAGGCCCAGGUGUCGCCCACCAAGGAGGAUCUCAAUGCUGAAGACAGUUUGCUAACUGCCCAGCAAGGAAGUUCAGGUUACACGCCUAGAGACAGGGGAGGAGCUGCAGCCGGACCAGUUAUACCAACAGCUCCAGUCAUAGAGGAGCCCAAUAAGGAACGAGAUGUGGGAGUUUUUACUUUGGUACAACUCAACCGGCCCGAGUGGGGUUGGCUGUUCUUCGGCUUGUUAGCCUGUGUUGUCAACGGAGCAGUGACUCCCAUCUACGCCUUCUUUUACGGUGAAGUGUUUGCUGUUUUCUCACUGCAAGGGGAUGAGUUGGUACAUACAGCUCUACUGUGGUCUGCAAUGUUUGGAUUGUUGGCCAUAGUUUCCGCCGUCAGUACUUCAUCACAGACAAUUAACAUGGAGAUGGCUGCAGAGAAGUUGGUGAUGCGGAUUCGCAUGUUGGCCUUCACCAACAUUCUGACACAGCCGAUGGCUUGGUUCGACUUCAGCAAGAACUCCACCGGCAACCUCCUCACACGUCUGGACCGCGAUGCUCCUCUCAUCAAAGGGGCAGCAGGCCAGAGGGCGGGUCAUGUCAUCGGUUCGUUUGUGAUGAUCAGCCUAGGCACCCUGAUAGCCUUCCUGUUCGGCUGGCAGCUGGCGAUGCUGCUGGUGUUUACCAUGCCGAUACUGAUAGCCUGCUCCUACCAAGAGGUGGUAGUACUGCGGAGCUCUCAGCUCAGAGACACCAAACUGAUGGACAAAGCUGGCAAGUUGGCAUCGGAGUGUGUACAGCAUAUUCGGACAGUCCAGAUUCUGGGCUGUGAAGGAAGAUUUGUUAAGCUUUACAUGAAAUAUCUCGCAUUGCCAUUCCAGGAGGGGAAGAAACAGGCUGUGGUAUUUGGUAUUAUAUUCGCUCUCUCCCAAGCCACCAUACACUGGAUGUUUGCUUGUGCGUUCCGCCUGGGAGCCCAUCUUAUCAGCGAGGGAGAGACCACUGCUAUCGGAGUCUGCAGGGUGUUCUUCGCCCUAACGUUAUGUGCCGCAAUGGUUGGCACAGCCUGUGCUUACGUCCAGGACUUCACCCGGGCUAAGCUUGCAGCCUCCAGGAUGUUCCAGCUCAUUGACAGGAAGUCUGAGAUCGACAGCGGUUCUGAAGAGGGAGAGAAGCCAGAAAUAAAAGGACACGUAGUGUUUGAGCGGGUGAGGUUCAGCUACCCCGCCAGACCCGAGACGAUCAUACUGAAGAAUCUGACAUUCUCUGUGAAGCCAGGAGAAACCCUUGCACUAGUCGGAGAGUCAGGCUGCGGCAAGAGCACAGUGGUCGCCCUCAUGGAACGUUUCUACGAUCCCUUCAGUGGAACGAUUAUGAUUGAUGACAUGGAUAUCAAAAAGAUCCACAUCCCACAUUUGCGCGCAUGCCUGGGCUUGGUCACGCAGGAGCCGGCACUAUUCAACUGUAGCAUCAAGGAGAACAUAGCGUUUGGCUUGGAAACAACCAACCUCACCAACGAGACUCUCAUGACGAAGGUCAUCACGGCAGCUACCAUCGCCAAGUGUCAUGACUUCAUCAGUAAACUUCCCAAGGACUACGACACAACUGUGGGUGAAGGGGGACAGCAGCUGUCAGGAGGAGAGAAGCAGAGGAUUGCAAUCGCUCGAGCUAUUAUUCGAGAUCCUAAAAUACUCCUGUUGGACGAACCCACGUCUGCCCUGGACUCGGAAAAUGAGAAAAUAGUACAAGAAGCACUGGACCGUGCAUGUGCUGGCCGAACUUGCAUCAUCAUCGCACACCGCCUGACCACCAUCCAGCGUGCCACCACCAUCGUAGUGAUGCAGCAGGGUAAGGUGGUCGACACUGGCACUCACGCCUACCUUAUGCAGCACUGCAAGGUAUACCAGGACUUGGUCGCCAAGCAGGCGGAUCUCUGCUCGUAACCUCCCGCAAUAAUUACAUUACUGGAACAGUCUAGAGUGCGCCCUCCAGGUAAUUGAUUAUCAAUGUGUCUUUUAAAAGAAGUUAUAUUUUUUCUUACACAACAGGAUGAUAAUAGUUUCUCAUUUAAACUAUUACUUUUGUACGUGUAUUUCGUUUCACUGUUGCUAUAGUAAGGAAUGACAAUUAAAUAACAUCCCAAUGCUCCCAACUUGUACGUAAUAACAUAAAAGAGUGCUGAAAAAUUUACAGUUUGGCAAAAAAAGAUUUCUGUGUUCAUAAAAAUAUGAAAUUUAAUUUUCCUUGCAUUGCUGAUAGUGUUUUUUUAAAUAAAAAUGGAAGAUAGUUUCAAGUAAAUAAUACGAGGAAUGGUUCUGUAAUUAUAUUUGUAAAAGUGUUUAAUUGAAACUGCUUGAUGUAAUUUUAUGUAUGAACAACAUUUUUUGGAAAUAACAGCUAAGAAAAUACUGUGGUUUUUUUUAAUUUUAGGAAUGUUAGCCAAGAUUGACCUAUUAAGUUUUUUAGGGAUAAUUAAGGGCAAUUAAGGGAUAACUUAGGGAUUUUUAAGUUGUCAUCUAAAAACAAAACCAUAUUUGUUCAAAUUCUGUUUUGAUAUGUCAUAUUUUUCAUAAAAUUAUUCCACUAUUCUUAGUUUUAGAGCCCCACACUCCCUUGAUCACCUGGACUAGUAGAUUAAGAUACAGAUUUUUUAUUACUUAAUAGAUUUUUGUAUCAAAUAUCUUUAUUCUAUCUCCUGAUACUCCUACAAAUAGAUGUUAUAGGAACGGAAUUAACGCAUUUUAAAGACAAUUAAUAGAUAUUAAUUGUCUACAUGUAGAACCUAACAUUGUAUUAAUAUCUAGUGCAGUUUUUAUCAUGGUUUAAUGGUUUUUUUUUUCAGGAAUUGUUAGUUAAAUGUUAGUUAGUAUUUUCCUUUCCUUUUUCCAAUUUACUAAAUCAAGAGAGACUUGUACAUGGUACUGUAAAUUACAGCACAACUUCAUUUAUCCAGAUUAAUUGAGGCCGGUAGUGAUCUGGUUAAAUAAAAAUCUAGAUAGUCUGGAAAUACACAAAAAAGCAAUAGAUUACAGAUGGAAAGGAAUCUAUUUAUUACAAAAAUAUAAUCGAAGAGGGACAGCUUAUUAUUUCCUUUUAUGGAUAUUAAUUAUAGAUACAAAAAAUAAAAAACCUCAGUCAGUCACUUGUUUACUUUAGUACUUUGUUUACUAAAGUACACUGCUUCCAAGAAGUAUGAUCACACAGAUGUUUCAAGGCCUUCCUUCAUUUUCCUUGACACAAGGUGUCGGACUAACACCAAAAAUAACAAUCAGUCAGUCAUCUAGCUGCGCCUUGCAAAAAGAUUAACUCCGGUAUAUCUUCCGGUUCUUCAUUAUCAGAAUCGUUUUCACUGUCUUCUAUUAACAUUGAACAACAAGCUGCCGAUACAAUUUUUAUGUCUGUCAUCACACAGAUGCUAUUCUCAGUCUCAAACCAAUCAUUUACAUCCUUAAAAUUAACAAUUAUCAACAUCUCAUAGGUCUACUACAACUUGUUAUAAUACUGUAUACAUUAAUCCGAACAUCUCAGAAUUGUUAAUGUAAAAGUUAACACUAGAAAUUCAACAAAAAGUAACUCCAUUCCGUAAAACCGAUCCAGAUAAACGAGGUUGUACUGUAUUAAUACACAACUCGUUUUUCAAAUUAAAAUAUUACUAACACACUUUAAACUAUUAGGUUAAACUUAACUUCAUUCUGGUAAAUUGCACCCAUAGAUUUUUAUUCAAAAUGUCCUGACCUAAGGUUUUAAAUGAUCAAGGUAUGAAGAUGGCAUCAGUUUCCAACUUGAUUGGUGCAUGCAUGGUUUUUAUGAAUACGCAGUGGAACAUUUUUCAAUGUCACUAUAUUUUGAAUAGACCUCAAUUAUUAUACAAUGUUUUCUGUGCAUUUUAUGUAAGUUCAAACUAUCUUUGAGCAAGGCAAAUUAACUGAUUCAUAAUUUUACCUCUUUUGUUUCUACAUACAAUAAAAAUCUUUUAAUACCUAUUUAAAGCCAAUUUGUAGUAUCAAAAGAUCGAAUUAAGAAAAUUUUGAUUAACAAAAAUCAAAAUCUAUUUAGUAACCAGUGCUCCUCUCUAAUUGAAAAUUUUUUAAAAAAUGAUCAGCAUAUUAAAUCAGGCCUAUUCACUGAAAUAUUUUGUCUCUGGCCAUUUCAUUAUUGACAAUGCUUAAUUAUAACAGAACUGUGUAUUGUGAAACACAAUUUUAAAACUAUUUUGUAACAUUUGUAAAGAUUAACUAAUUAAACUCUUCAUUUUCAAACACUGUGACCAAUUUGAACACCUGUUUAAAACUUCCGAAACAAGAUGUUUUGGAAGACCAUGCCUUUUUAAGAUAUAUGUCUAUCUUUACAGUUAAACGUAGUACAGAAUGUGUAUGUCAAACUGAGCAUAAGUUACACAAUAUUGUAUUCACCAAUGUGCUUUCCUUUUAGUCAUUAGCAUUCCUGUAGUUAUAAAAUGUUAAGAGGCAGUUUGAAAUGAAAUUAAUAUGAGUUUUACCCCAAAUGAGCUACAUUUUAAAUGUGCAGCAUUGCUUAAUGCUUUUUUAUUUUUGCUUGUAGAAUUAUGGACAAUGUCUAAUUUUAAAGGUAAUAAGCUUCUAAACGUUUUUCUACAUAUUAUAGUCAUGUAAAAUUUUUUAUACACAUUGGGUGCGUAGAUUUAACAUAAGACAACACUCCAUUAUUCUAUGACCACAAAUAAGAAAAAAACAUGUCAUUGAGAUUUAGCAUUUUUCUUAUGGGGCUAAUUAUCAAGAUAGUUAUCAUUACAGCUGCCUCUUAAGGUACCCUUUGAUAUGGUUGACAGCUAACUUGUGGGGCUAAUUAUCAAGAUAGUUAUCAUUACAGCUGCCUCUUAAGGUACCCUUUGAUAUGGUUGACAGCUAACUUGUGGGGCUAAUUAUCAAGAUAGUUAUCAUUACAGCUGCCUCUUAAGGUACCCUUUGAUAUGGUUGACAACUAACUUGUCAUAGUCCAAUGACUACAAACAAGGUGUUAGAAAAGUUUUAGGAUGGCCAAGUCAUUUUUUAAAGAUUUUACUUGUAAAAAGAUGUCCUGAACAUUAAAAGACACCCAUACUUUUAUCCACUACUGACUCUCUCCGAAGUGUCAGAUUUGCCAAUGGGCAAUCUUAAGAGGAAGCAUAACUCAAGUUAGCAUAUAAUUUUAAAGCUCUUAAGAUUAAUUAAUAUUAAAGAACACUAGGCGAACGCUACUUGACCUAUGAUUUGAUUUAAGAUUGUCCAACAACUUCUCAUGUACUGUUCAUCUAAGGAACUUGCCAGUGUUGCGAGCUAACCUUUAAUUCUAUAAAUUGAACUAUUUAUUAUAUUUAUUGAACUAUUAUACAAAAACUACUAAGCCAGCCUGUGAAUUUUUAACAUUCUUUAUAUUUAAUAAAUAGUGUGCAGUCAUUUAAAGUGUCGUGCCUGGAAUGUUUAAAUUGGUCAAUUUAUGUAUAUAUACAAAUUUCAGAGAUAAAAUUUACAUUUAUUUUCAUACAAUAACGAAAAAGUAAGCCACAAAUAAACCUUUAUAUCUAGUUUAUGGUCGAUUAUUGUGAAAAUAAUCAUAAGGGCAUUUUCAAUGAGGGGAUCUGUUAAAGUCCCAGUGGCAAGUGAUUAAUGCAUAAACAUUAAAUGGAACGAAAAUGUAACAGGUACAAUAAAAUAUGGGAGAUUUAUUAUUGUAUACAUGCUGUUGCCAUAAGCAAUAACUUAUAAUAACUGUUAUAUUAUAAUUAAAUAUGAGUAACUCAUUACUUAAAACAAUGUGUAUUAUGGUAAGUAAAUAUCUAAUUUAUACUGUCUAACCUGUUGUCCCAUUUGCCAUAGAUUAUUACAAUCAGUAUUACUAGACAUUUGUAUUGAGAAUUUCCAGAUUUAACAUGCUUACGCUUAACUUGCACAUACAAAAUUGUGAAGCAUUUAUUCGCUAACUGCACACACAUUACAGCAUGUCCCACAUGUAAUUGCACAGCUUUUUUUUACUAAUUCCGGCAGUGACUUGUGGGACACACUGUAAAUGUUUUGUAAAACAUGCUUAUUGUACAUAUUGUAUGUAUAAGUGUAGAAUUUUGUCAAUAUUUAGCAUUUGUAAAGUGUUGUAUACUCAUGAAAAAUAAAUUUAUAUAAAUGUA